UGAGUGAUCACUCUAUCUAACUUGACCGUCGUGUCUGACCGCCGGUGCUGGAUGUCCGCUCAGAGCCGCUCAGCGCAGCGGGGGCUCCGCCACUCAGCAGAUGCGGAGCCGGGAUGAGGUGUUUGUGUUUGUGUGUGAGCGGCUUCUGUUGCUUCUGAUCUGAGAUGCGAUAUAACUGCCGGAAAAAACAACAAAAAGUGCGUUUUUAGCGGAACGGAAUCGAGCUGAACUCCGAUCACAGAUGAGCGUGGAAACCGUGGACGGAUGAGAGUCUGGAGAAAGUGAAUCUGGAGCAUUUGGAGGCACUUUCUGCUGCUGCUCGGCUCUUUGUGCUGCAGAUUUUCGCUUUUGGACAGAAAGGCCUCCAAGAUAGAUUCCCUCAGGAGUAAAGUGGACUUGCUGCGCCUCCCUCUGGCCCUCUCCACCAAGUCCAUCAGCAGCCGUAAGAGCCAGCUGGGCGUGGUCUGGGAGAAAGGCGGCGGCGGCUCGGGGGCAGGAGGGGCCUGGAAGCCCCGCCCACCGCCGGCGUCCGACAUGGACAACGAGUCGACGUACUCGGGCUACUCAUACAAGUCGUCCCACUCACGGAGCUCCCGCAAACACAGGGAGAGGAGGGACCGGCAUCGCUCCAAGAGUCGAGACAGCACCCUCCGUGGAGACAAAUCUGUGACCAUCCAGGCUCCUGGAGAGCCGCUGCAGGACACAGAGUCCACCAGAGGAGACGACCGGGAUGACAACUGGGGCGAGACCACCACGGUGGUCACCGGCACCUCCGUGGACAGCGUCUCUAACGAGGACCUGACGCGGAUGUCUAAGGACCUCGAGGAUUCUUCGCCGCUGGAGUGCCGUCGCUACCUCAGCCCAGCGCUGGGCGCCGUCCUGGGGCUCUUCGCUCUGGUCACCCCGCUGGCCUUCUUGGCGCUCCCUCAGCUCCUUUGGCGGGACACGCUGGAGCCCUGCGGCACGCCGUGUGAGGGUCUCUACAUCUCUCUGGCCUUCAAGCUCCUGAUCCUGCUCAUGUCCACGUGGGCGCUGUUCCUCCGCCCGCCCAGAGCCACGCUGCCGCGCUUCUUCAUCUUCCGCUGCCUGCUGCUGGCGCUGGUCUUUCUCUUCGUGGCAUCCUAUUGGCUCUUCUACGGCGUGCGUGUGCUGGAGCCCAGAGAGACGGACUACAGGGGGAUUGUGGGAUACGCAGCGUCUCUGGUGGACGCGCUGCUGUUCAUUCAGUACCUGGCCCUGGUGCUGCUGGAGGUCCGACACCUGCAGCCGGCUUUCUGUCUGAAGGUUGUGAGGACGGCAGAUGGAGAGAGUCGCUUCUACAAUGUGGGACACCUCAGUAUUCAGCGUGCAGCAGUGUGGGUCCUGGACCAGUACUACAGUGACUUCCCGGUUUAUAACCCCGCCCUGCUCAACCUGCCCAAGUCCAUCCUCUCCAAGAAGAUGUCUGCCUUCAAGGUCUACAACCUGGGGGAAGAGAACAACACCAACAACUCUACAGGUCAGUCCAGAACCAUGGUCGCCGCCGCCGCUCGGAGAAGAGACAACUCCCACAACGACUACUACUACGAGGAGGCCGAGGUGGAGCGGAGGGUCCGCAAACGCAAGGCCAGGCUGGUGGUGGCAGUAGAAGAAGCCUUCACCCACAUUAAGCGUCACCAGGAUGAAGAUGCAGCCACAUCGUCCCCCAAACACCCGCGGGAGGUGAUGGACCCCCGGGAGGCGGCCCAAGCCAUCUUUGCCCCCAUGGCGCGGGCCAUGCAGAAAUACCUGCGUGCCACCAGGCAGCAGGCCUACCACAGCAUGGAGAGCAUCAUCAACCACCUGCAGUUCUGCAUCACACACAACAUGACCCCCAAGGCUUUCCUUGAGCGUUACCUCAGCCCAGGUCCCACCCUCCAGUACCUGGACACCAACAGGGCCCGCCAGUGGACUCUAGUGAGCGAGGAGCCGGUGACCGCUGCUCUGCGUCAGGGCCAAGUCUUCUCCCUGAGACGCCUCGACUUCUCCCUGGUCGUCACGGUGGCGCCCCUCCCCUUCCUGCGCCUGGGCGAGGAGUUCAUCGACCCCAAAAGACACAAGUUUGUUAUGAAGCUGCAGUCAGAGACGUCCGUGUAAGAGGAGGAUGUAAAAUCAAAGAUACUAAUCUUAGUACUUUCAGGGUAUCUUUUUUUUUAUACCUUUUGGUAUUACAUAGUUCAUGAUUUCUAUUUUAUUUUUAAGCCAGACAGCCAAAUGACGUGGCUCAAGAUACAGGAAAGUUAUCAGAAAUGUCUCAGCACUGACUUUGUUCCUCAAAUAUAAAAUUAGACACUCAAAGUGCUGACUUCUGAUAUUGUAUGACAGACUGCGCCCAGUUCCCAAGAUACUUAUGAGUAUGUUAGUGCUAAUUUUGAGUAGCAAUUCAAACCAAAUUCAUUGAAAUAGGUCUUUUUGAUACAACUUUGAACUUUGGUUAAAAAAAAGUCCACUUUAUUGGCCAUGUUUAUAAUUUACACUACAUUUAUUCGACUGCCUGUGCUGGAUAUAGAAGUCUUCUGAGUGCAUCUUUCUCAGAGCUUAUCUUACUUCUCUUUCAUAUUUUUUACUUGAACUUUCUCUUUGCUGUCGUAUUUGGACUUUUCUCAACAUUCACUGGAUUCACUCAUCCGAGCUGCUUCCUCUAUCUCUGUUCCACUGAACUGUGGACGUUUCACUGAAAUUAUGAAGUAAGAAACACUGGAUGGACGUUUAAUGCACUGAGUAUUGCAUUGUUUGUAUUAUUUCCUCAGGUUUGUUGAAUCACUUCUCGUUUCUGAAGAAAUGCACUCCUGCACUGAGAAGAGUAUAGGCCUAACCUUUUGAGAACACUGUCUGACCAGUUUGUGUCCACUGGUUUGUUUGUAUGAAGUGUGGUUGGAUUUGAUGACACUACAGCCAAGUACCGUCAAUGUGCUUCUUUUUGGCAGCUUGAUGUUAUAAUUACUGUCUUUUGAUAUAUUGCAAAGUGAUUGUGUGACUUUGUGUGUGUGGUUUUUGAGCAUCACCAACCGGUGCGUGCAGCAGAGACCCAAAACCCCAGGAUCCCUCCAUGUGGAAGGAGUUUUUACAGCUAAAUUACAGUAAAGCCUUAAUUAAGACAGCCUAACCUGGGGGCUCUGUGUUGUUGAAGUGCCCUGUGUACAGAUCUACUUUUAAAACUUUAAAAUGUACUUCACUGAUUUAGCGUUGCACUAUAACACUGUCUGAUUCAGACGCUUUGGAAACAAAACCCAUUCAAAAAUACACUAAAUAAACACCAAAAUUGUGCAGAAAAUUGACAAAAAAUGCUGUUUAUUUAUGUGUUUUGGCUUCUGCAGCAUACAGAAACUAUGCAGAGUCAGAAACAAGCACAACAAAUGCAACACUCAGAAAGAAAAGUGGAGUUAAAAGGCCUGUAACAAGCAAUCAAUCCCUUAUUUUGUUGCCUCUUUACAACACUUUUCUUCCCAUUUUAAACCAAGAAGGGUCGAAGGAUGGUGUCAUACACUUGGGGAACAACAUGUGUAGUAAAAUCCAUCACAAUCCUAGAACACCUUGGUUCUGUCAGGCACUUUGGCGGGAACCAUGCUUGUAUUUUUUGGCGCCGUGUGCUGUAUAACUCCAACAUCACAGCUCCAGUUAAACUGCUGGUGUCGAACUCGUAGAAUGUUUCUAAAUAAUGUACGUCGUCACCGUGACUUUUGUCUUUGUUCUUUGAAACCGGAAGAGAGGGUGGACAUGGCACUCGCCGUGUUAGCAACCUGUCAAUCACAAGGUAGCCAUCAUACCCUGCUUCAUCAUCUAUUGUCUUGUAAAUAGGACCAUUAUUUACACAAUUAACAUCAUAUUGUCUUGAGGAAUAUUUAAAAACUAAUGAUUGACACCAUAAUGUUGCCACAAGCAUUUUUACUAAGGUAAUAAAUCAAGUGAGAAAUCAUCUCAUUUUGUAUUGAGAUAGAUAGGACCGGACUUCUUUUGCAACCGACAGUGUCGCCCCCUGCUGGACUUUUGAAAGAAUGCAGGUUUUAGGCACUUCUGCAUUUGCUUAGAGGUUGUAGCCUGGUUGUACCCCAAGAAUAUGACGCCAUCUGGUCUAAAAUCAAGCUGUUCCCUUAGAGCUCCCCCUAGAGGCCUGGACACCUUCCACUCUGUUGACUGGAUAUGCAGCGUUUUUCUGUUGCAUUUUUUUUGUGUGCAUUUUUUGGCUUUGCACAACUUCUGUAUGUGCAGCAUGUCUGGUGUUUAUAUUUUGUUUUGGCUUUCUGCAGCACAUUUUUUUGGCGAAUUGGCGUUGUCUCUGAAGCAGAUUAUUGAUUAACUAACUGAUUAAUAGACCAAUAAUUCCUCUUCUAGAGUACUAGUAAUAUAUUGGGGGCCUACAGGGCCCCCGCAGCAGGUUAAUCCAGCCAUAGCUCGAUACAUGUGCACAUUUUUUGAGAGAUGUCAGUUUUUACACAACAGAUAGAUUGUCGUGCCACUCGCACAGUUUACUUGUACAUUUUGAUGCAUUUUUCUAAAGUUAUAUUGUUCCUGUUUUUCGAUGGAUCACUUUCUUGUACUCGAUCUAAGCUCCUAACACUUGUUUCUGAAGAACGUUGUCUUAAAAAGCAAGAUUGUUAUUGACUCUUUACACUCUUUACUCUUUGUUGUUGUUUUUUUUUGUUUGUUUUUUUAGGACUGAGUUGAUGUAAAAGGUUUUUAAUAAACAAUGUUCCUCAAAGUUAAUCGCCCACACAAGA